AUGUCAUCAGCAUCUCCUCAGGAGCUCGCUUCACGGCUCAACCAAUCUGGUAAACAACGAAAGAAGCGAUGGGUCACAAGGACGAAAACAGGGUGCAUAACCUGCAGAAUCCGGCAUGUCAAAUGCGACGAAACCAAGCCGAGUUGUCAGAGAUGCACAUCUACUGGUCGGAAAUGCGAUGGAUACCAAGACCCGCGCGCCAAGCAGAUCAUCCGCCGCAAGGCCGAGUCAGCCCAACCACAUGGCAUGCUGCAGGUACCAUCGGCGUGGAGCUUUAUUGGCGAUAAGCCAAUAGACCAUGAACAUUUUCACUACUUUCAAGUAGUCACUGCUCCCACCUUGACAGGUUUUUUCAAUUCGGGAUUUUGGUCAUACACCUUGCUGCAGGUUUCUUACUCCUAUCCGGCCCUCUGGCAUGCUAUUACCGCGCUGGCUUCCUUGCAUAGAGACUUCCUGGAGGAUGUGGCGCCACUUGCAAUCACAAGGGCUUGUAGUACGGCCAGGGGGUUUCAUUCACAGGCUAUGGCACAUGUUGCCAGCGCUAUGGUUUUAUGUCAGCAGUGGAAUAGAGAUUUCCAGACCCAUUCCCAUGCGUCUGAGGCUAUAUCUUCCGUGAUACUUCUUCUAGCCCAACUCGACAGUCAGGUCCGCCAGAUUUUUCUAGUUCAAGGAUUGCCAGUGCCUUGGACAACCCAAUUCGAAUUACCUGCCUUUGAAGGGUGUUUUACGUCCCUCGAUGAAGCACACGUCUCCCUGGAGGUCAAGGUCAACAACAACGCAUUGAAGCUUCUUACAAGCGGCAUUGAUAUAUCUGCACCUGAAGCGCUUGCGAAGAAGGAUGAUUGUCUUCAUGAGUUUCGUCAGUGGAAAUCUAAACUGGAAACAUAUCUUGCCGUUUCACCCCAUGAAAGGGGCACCAUAGCCGCGAACGUUCUCUACCUACGCCGUUCUUACGCCAAAGUGAUGCUGUCAUUAGACCCAACGAAGGGCGACCUCGCCCACGACGAGUUUAUCGAGGAUUACGCGCAGAUGCUUGAUCUAGCAAGCAGCAUUCUCGAAGGCUUGAACAACCCCUUGGCAGAAAAGUCCGAUACAGGUUCGAAACCAGCAAAACAGCACUUCAGUGUAGAGAGUACAGUGACAGAGACCCUGUUCCUGAUCGGGGUUCGUUGCCGUGAACCGACAAUUCGAGAACGGGCGCUGGAACUCAUGAGACUCUACCCACGUCGCGAAGGCAUGUGCGGUACCAUGUUAGCUCUGAAACUCGGGGAGACGCUUACUGGACUCGAAAGGACCGCAUGCCAGACUUCCCCACCGGGGUCGUGCAGUGAGGGACCAUGGGUGUGUGCUGAUCAUCGGGUGACAAAGAUACAAUGCAAAGAUGUCUCGUAUCAAAAAGUUGCUAUACUGUUGAGAACAGCUGGAGAGCAGAGACGGGGUUCAGAAGGAAAAUGGUUCACGUUCCAUAAGACAUGGUAG